AUGGCAUCAGUUGUUGAUGAUGAAGCUGGCGUUGCUGGCUACUAUGACCCGGAAAAAGGUGGCUACUCUGAUCAAUACAAGUUGUCUGAAACCACUCCAACCUAUAUCCGCCACCAAUUUAUGAAAAAAGUCUUCACCAUUGUAUUUCUCCAACUUCUUUUUUCGUUUGGAUUUAUGUUACUUUCGUAUUAUGUUGAACCAAUUAGAACAUUUUUCAUCCAUUUUCCAGCGAUUGGUCUUGUAUGUUUGAUAGUUUUCUUCAUAGCUUCACUUGUGAUAAGCUUCGUACCAUCGCUAGUAAGAAAUACUGCAGGAGCAAUUACAGCAAUUGGAUUGAUGACACCAUUGAUGGCAGUAUCAUUGGCAACAAUUUGCUGCCACUUCAGAUCAGUUGAAAUUGCAAUUGCAGGAGGAAUCACAACAGCAGUGGUGCUCGGACUAAUCCUUUUCGCAAUGCAAACCAAGUACUGCUUCACAAGCUGGAUCCCAUACGUAUUCGUGGCUACCCUUUGCUUCAUGUUCUUCAGCCUCAUCAGCUUCCCACUCAUCUACUACGCAGGAUUCAAAACCAUGAGAAUGGUCUAUGCAGGAGUAGGAGCACUCUUGUGCUCAAUCUACAUCCUCAUCGAUGUACAACUCAUUGUUGGUGGAGGAAGGAAAUAUGAAUACUCUGUCGAUGAUUAUUGCUUAGCCUCCAUUGCCCUUUACACUGAUAUAGUCACCAUCUUUAUUGACAUUUUAAGAUUAGUUUCUUCAUAA